AUGAAGUCAAAAAAUUCAAAGAUCGAUGUCCACGCUCAUUUUGUGCCUCCUUGCUGGCAGGAUGCUCUCCGUGCCAAUGGUCUUGAGCAUCCCGAUGGGAUGCCAGCAAUCCCGGCUUGGGAUGUACAAUCUCACGUACAACUUAUGGAUGCUGUGGGCAUUGAGAAAUCAUAUUUGAGUAUCACAUCGCCUGGUGUACACCUCGCAGUCGGGGACAACGCCUCUGCACGGAAGCUUGCUCGAGAGUGUAACACCUUCGCCUACAACCUCAAAAGGGAAAUGCCUGAUAGGUUCGGAUCAUUUGUCUCACUUCCACUGCCUGAUUUGGAGGGUAGUAUCAACGAAUUGCAGUAUGCCGUUGACAACCUGGAAGCAGAUGGCGUUGUUCUACAAACCAACUACUAUGAGGGAUGGUGGUAUUUAUCCAUCCAACUUCCCCCUGUUCGCAAGGUUGUCGAGCCCACCAAGAUCUUCCUCUUCCUCAAUACCCAGCUCCAGUUUUUGAAUUCAUUGCCGCAUGCGGGUGGUGCUUUACCGCCUCUCAUCCACCGUUUCUCUGAGGCCACGGCGUUGAUUCCCGACUUAGGUUUGGAUGCAUCGAUGACACCAUCCGGUGUACGGGCUCUGCUAAACGAGAGGUUUUGGUUUGACACUGCUGGUCCUACAUUUCCCAACCAGAUAAAAAGUCUCCUCCAGUACAUCAAGCCCGAGAGAAUAUGUUAUGGCACCGAUUUUCCCUUCACACCAUUCCGGGGGGUAAAUCAUCUCAAUGAAGUUAUGGAGGAGAACCUGAGUUUUAUCUUCGAUAAUGAAGCAGAUCGGGAGGGGAUGUACAGAGGGAAUGCGAGCCGGUUGCUGGGAAAUGAGUCUUCUCACGGUAUUAGUGGUUGA